AUGCAUCACAUUAAUCAUUGCCGGCUACCCGGGUAUUUCGUUCUAGCUCUUGAAAGUCGUGGUUCUUUGAAUAGUGGACAUUGUGAUCAUGUAGAUUUAUCACUGUUUGCAUCACUUAGCGUACACAUGUCCAAGCGGAGACGGCGAGAUUUGGACUUGUCUAGUUCUAGUAGUAGUUCGGAUUGCAUUUAUGACAAUUUAUUGUGGAAGUUUGUUGACCAAAAUUAUGAAUUUUUGAUAAAUGACGACUUCCUGGAGCAUUGCAAGCACUCCGCCUGCGAUGAAAAGUCGACCCCACCAGCUGAUUCCUCUUUUGAAUCUUGCAUUGUUUUACUGGAAGAUUUAAGUGAGUUGCUUCGUAAUCUUCGUCAACGUAUGGAAUUUGACGGCCCUGGAAAUUUCCAUAAGUACUUAGAAACGACUCUUACAAGUGAAAUUCAGCACUAUGAAAGAAGAAAACAUGGUAUCAUUAACUCAAUACUGUCCACCUUAGGUGAAAAAUUCCAGAGCCCACUACCACCAUCAGAAUUACGCAACUUUUCCGUAGCUUCUGAUCUAAUCCCUAAGGAACACGACCAGAAGUCUGGUAAUCUUUUACGUAUAUUGGGUGAAAUUCAACAGGAGUGGGAUGAAACUAUUCGUAAGAUUACACCAAUCAGUCCAUUCACUAACCAAAUCAGCUUCUUAGAAGAUAUUGAUUCAGAUCUCAGGAAAAUUGAUGCAUGGUUGAACACGUUAGCUUCUAAUUUACCAAAUACUUCAGCAUGGAUGACUUGUCUAAUGUCAUUAUCCAACGUUCAGAAAUUUUCUACAGCUAAAUAUUAUCAGGUUUGUUUAAAGCAAAUUGAACAAUAUUCAAAAACUUUAUCAACUAUUAAAGAAUUAGUUGAUCAUGUUGAACUUAGUACACUGGCUGAUAUACAAUUUCAAAAUAAUUUGCAUAAUUUAUCAAGAAAUGUUUGUGAAUUAGAAGCGAAAUUUCAUACUCUAUGGUUACGUUUAUUAGAAUUAUCAAUUUAUAUUGAUCAAAAUAUUAAAACUAAUGUGAAUAAACGUGUAACUACUGAGAUGUGUCAUGAUACAUGCUCAAAUAAUACUCGACAUGAUGUAUUAUAUCAGAACUAUGGAAAUAAUUACUUAUCAGAAUUCAAUACUAAACAGAUUGGGAUUCAUCAUGCCGCGUAUCGAAAUGGACACGAAAGUGGUUUUGAAUCGGAACAAAGUCCUCCGAUGAAAUCAUAUUAUAGUUAUUCAUGCAACAACACCAUUACUGGUUCAGAUAUUUUCGUGCUUAACGAUAAACAGGGACUUAGAAAAGAUAACAGUUGUUCACUUCCGGAUGAUUUUAAUCAGAUUAUCGGAGAGUUGGAUAAUGUCUUAUUAAAUGAUGAGUUAAUAAAAUAUCCUGAAGUGAUAAAAAUUGAUGAAACUGUUAAAUGUUUGUCAUCUCAAAGUGAUCUAUUUUUUAAAAAUGAAGAUAAAUGUAAGAUCAACAGAUAUGGAAAGAAUUUAUUCUCUCUAUCGGACCAACAGGAUAUUAAACGGAAUUCCAGACUGGAAAUGAUUCAAGAUGAAAAUAUCUUAUUGAACAACACAGGAAAUGGUUUUAUUGAUGUGAAGAUACCGGAUAAUGGAAGUCAAUCAUCAAAUUCAAAAAAUUCUGCUGGUCCCACUUUUUGUCAUGAAGAUGUAGAUGUAUGGAAAAUGAAAUUUUCUACUGAAUUCAGGAAUCUGGAUAAAGUCGAAAAUAAUGAAACAAUACACAAAUGUUGGUCGUUACCUAUUGUGAAAUCAUCCGUAACAGGAAUGAAUAAAUCAGGAAGUAUAGAUUUGCCAUUUAUCUCGAACCGUCGUCAAGUAAAUGAUAGAUCAUGCAAUGCGCAUGUAUACACUGUGAAUAAUAUUAAUAAUAAUAUCAGAAAAAUUACCAGUGGACGAAAAUCUGUGAUUACUAAAUACAACAAUUUACAUAGUUUUUAUCAGUUAAAACGAAUUGGCAACAGCAAAAUAAUGAGGCAUUUACUUGAAUUCAAGAUGAAACAUACAAAUACUAAAUCAAGAAAUAAGAAAUUUUUCAAAAGUCAUCUUAAAAAAACAUCAAAAAAUAGAAAUUGUAUGAGUUCAGUUUCUUUAAAUCUGUACAAUCAAAUUUCUAAUGAAACGUUCAAUCACACUAAAUCAGUUGUUUCACAAUAUAGUUCUGUUGACACGCAAAUGUUCCAUAUUGAUUCAAGAUCAAACUCAGAUUGUGAAGUAAAUAGUAACCACAGUUAUUACUGUAAAUCGAUACCUGAUAAUGCAAGUGAAUUGGAACAACGUCAAUGGCGAAUGCAAGUUAGAACAUAUUUAAAUGCAGCUGAGAAGGCAGAAGAAUUAAUUCGUAAUCGAUAUUCACCAACUCGGUUUGAAUCCUGGUUAGCUGGUUUAGAGGCUUCGAAUCUCAAACUUGGUGAAAAUAAUAAUAAAAAUGACAACCUGGUUGAUUCGACAGACAAACAAUUGUUAGAGAAGAAAAAUCAAAAUAAUAAUGCUUAUAAUUUAUGUCCUUUAUUCAUGAAUGAUUUGGAUGGAAAAGAUGAAAAGAGAACUUGUCAAGAUGAUAAUGAUGAUGAUAAUGAUAUAUCGGCAUUGGAGGAUUCACAUGAACCUUUGUUAAAUUUUUGGGAUGAUUAUCAGGCAUCACUCUACUCUAAUUCCAGUGAUACUCAAGCUUAUGAACCACCAAGUAUGUACGCUGAAGAAUUUCCGUGGGAUGAUGUCGGAAGUUCAUUUUUUAAUGAUAUUGAACGAGAACUGAACUCACCAUCUUUACACAGUCAUACAGAACCAAAGAAAUUUAUGAAAUCGAAUUCUAGUAGUAUUAUAGAGGAAAAUGACUGUUCCAGAAAUCAAGGACAAGAUACGAAUGAUAUUCUUUCUACAUCUACAACAGACUUAUUCAAUCGAAAAUGUAGUUUAGAUGCAAGCUUUGAAGUUUGCAAUAACACAUCAAUAAGUAAUACUCAUGGAGCAGAAAGUUGGUCUGCUGAGCAUACAGAUAAUUUACUCAGCCCUGAAUCAUCUGUUCGUGGGCUGCGUACAUGCCCCGAUGGCGGUUCACAGCAUUUACCAAGUAUAGAUACAAUGGAUGUCAUAUCAAACCAUGAAAUUCAGGACAUCAAAAAUUGUUUAUAUCCUAUGAGUAGUUUCAGUGACCAUUUUAAUUCUUUUAACUAUACAUAUUACACUAGACAUCAUAACAAACGACAUAGUAAAUUGUAUGAAAGAAAAUAUCAAACUAUUCCGCGUAUUAUCAAUCGUAAACGAAAAGCUCAAAUCAAUUUAUUUCAGUCAGAAAAACAAUUGAACAAACGUGAAUUUUUAUCACUUGAUGCUCGUCUUAAUCGUUUGGAUGAUCGAUAUUUCAGUAAUAUUCAUAAAGGAAUUCUGGAACAUUCUGGAACAAGACUUUUGCACGCGAAAACUUAUUUACAAGAAUUAAUAAAUUCAAUCAAGAGAAAUAGUAGUGUACAACGAAGAAAUCUUUCGAAGCAGAUAAACUCAAGCAAUUGGCGUCAUCGUACUGACCUCCUGUUGCAAACUAGUGAAGCUCAUGUGAAAUUGCUUUCUAAUUUACUUGAUGAUCUUAAGUCUUAUUGCUCUUCAAAUGUCUCUGAAUUGUCAGAUGACAGAUUAUCGGCUUCAUUUAUACAAGAUUUAACAUCCUGUAAAGAUGAUAGUAUUUAUGUUAAAACUGAUAAUACUGAUGAUAGCCAUGAUUAUUCACCAUAUCGUUUAAUCAUUUUGAAUGCUUUAAAAUUAAAAUCGCAAUGGAUUAAUUUCUCAUCUACUUUACGUCACAUUUAUCACCAAUCGAAUCAGUAUGAAGCAUGGAAGAAACAGUUAUAUAUUCUUCAAUUACGUAUGCAUGAUUUAAGUAGACUUACACGUCAAAUUGGUCUGUCAAUGUAUACAAAUAAAGGGGUGAAUAGUACGAAUCCCAAUAACGUCAAUACUCGUCAUAUUUGUGAUUCGAUGAUAUAUGAUGAAAAUCAGUCAGAUAAGAUUGCCAAUGGCUUUAAAAGGUGCUUUCUAGAAGUGGAUAGCUUGAAUUUUGCUCUGGAGGAAAUGCAGAAUGAGUUGAAUAAAGAAAAUUGUCAGAUGUCAGUAAACAAUAACAAUACUUCAGCUACAAUCUGUAAUACGACUAGCUUGGAUGAGGAACUACUUUAUGAGAUUGAUCGUCUUUCAAGUCAGCUGGCUAUUAAUCGAUCCAUGUAAGUACGUAUUUCUAACUGGCUAUUGAGUUAAAAAGUUAAUUGUUUCAUCAAAAGCGUUUAUUGUUUUCUCCCGAUAUAUAUAUUGUUACUAACUUAUUCAUGCAUUCACUGGAGACAAGCGCUAUCUCAAUGUGUUCCAUUCCACUGAAGAUUUGGUUAAGAUACGUAGACGACACUUUUGUCAUUAUAAAACGAGAUGGUUUAGACGAACUAUUUCAACGUGUCAACAACAUUUAUGACAAAAUCAAGUUCACUAAAGAGUUGGAAUUUCCUGAACGCAAACUACCGUUUCUAGACUGUUUAGUUGAAAGGAGGUGUAAUGAUUGUUUAAAAAUUAGUAUUUUCCUAAGGCCGACAUAUUCGAGGAAAUUUCUAGAUUUUAAGUCGGCGCAUCCACACUCUACCGAAGUGACAGUAGCCGAAAAUUUGAUCACCAGAGUCAAAAAACUUGUCACUGAACCAGAUGAUAUAAAAAUGGAAAUAAAUUUAAUUGUAUCCACUCUAAUGAUGAAUAAUCAUCCGAAGGAUUUUAUCAAAAGAAUAAUUAAGAAUGAAGAACAAAGCGAUAUUUAAAAAGAAAGAGUUAAGCAAAAAGAAUUGAUUAACAAAGUGGUGAUCUCAUAUCGUAAAGGUAUUUCAGAAGAGAUCAGAAGGACUCUGAAUCUUCAAAAUAUAAGAGUAUUCUUUCGAACAAACAAUACUCUAAGAUCAAAACUAAUAAGAAUCAAAGAUGCAAUUCACAAGGAAGAACAACAGAAUUGUGUUUAUGAAAUCAAAUGUAAUGACUGUAAUGCAAAGUAACAUCAAGGCAACUGAAUGUGAGGGUUAAGGAACACAAACUGUGCUUAAAGCCAUUCCUAAAUCGUCAGAUGAUGUAAGAAAACUUGAGAACAAAUCAGCGAUAGCAUUGCACUCGAUAGGAUCGGAUCAUACGGUUGAUUUCAAUGGCGCAAGAAUCAUUCAGAAAGGCUUUAAUUCUUACAAAGAACGACUAACAGCCGAAGUCCUACAUAUAUGGCUAAUCCAAAUAGUAUUAAUAGGAGAGAUGGAAUACAACUAGCUGUCCCAUGGAAACUAAUAAUUAAUAAGUAAACCUGGACUCCUUAUUCCAUUCUAGCUAUCUAUAUCAUACUAACUAAUCAAUAGAUAAUACAUUCAACUGUUCAAAUCAGUUAUCUUAUCUGAAUAUGUUAAACAAUUGACUGGAACAAUAAAAUAACACAAACUUUCAAUUACAAAUACAUUCCUCUUUGAAUUCAGUCUUUUAUCUUGUUUACUAAUCUUGUUUAUUUACAUUUAAUGGAUGCUGUGACAUUUUUUAUUCAUAAAAUGAUAUGUUUUUCUUAAUAGACACAGACCGAAGACAAUAUAUAGUUGAAUGAAAUUUCUUUUCACUUACGUAUACACACAAUAUAUUAUCUUAACACUUUUCGUUUCACACCACAUGUUUCUUACACAAUAAUGUAAAUACCCACUUUAAACAGUGUUCACGUUGAUUGGAUGACGUAUUCAGUAUACAGUAAACCGGAGAACCAUGUACCUAUUUAUAUUCGACAAUUUUGAUGUUUAUAUUUUCUUUGAAAAAGCUUGGAACAGAUUGCUAGGCGAAACGUUGGAUUUACUUCAAAUUCUUUCGCUGAGAUUUUAGAAAUACAUUCUUCCUCUUUAAUGUUUCACAUUAACUCAGAGCCCAAAUAUUGUGAAGCUAUUCGUUCAAAUUUAGACGAAAGUUCUUAUUUAUAUAUAUGACUUUUUAAAAUUGAGGCAGACAGCGGUAAAGUUGUGUCCUUUGUUCGGUUACGAACUUACUGUGUUGAAUAUUAUUCGUAUUUCUAAUUUAACCGUUUGUUCAUUUGUUUUGUUGCGUCAAUCGGCUUUUAUUGAUUCUUUUCCAAAUUGUCUUCUUGUAUCCCUGAUGUAAAUUUACUGAAUUUACAGGAAACAUCAAAAAUUAAGAAUUAUUAUGUACUGUCUCCAAAUUGUUUUGUAAUUUUCCUUAUCACAAUUUUGAGUAUCUUUUAGGACAUAACCUUUAGUUUUCUGUUCUUUAUUUAACCCGAAAUAAAUAUCAAUUGCAAUCACGUAUAUUAGAUAUAUAACCACAGUUUUAAUCCACAAAAUAUGUAAACCCAUCUCUUUUUUUUAUUUUUCACAAAUUAAACUUUAUAUAACAUAUUACUAAGACAUGAGAUAUACUACUGAUUAUCAGCGAUAAUAUUUAUCUUUUUCUAUCUUCUUUAUUGUUAGCCUUCAAAGACUAAUUCGAUUGUUUGAAUCAAAUCAUUCAAAUAAUCCUCCUACUCAUCAUCACUUAGAUAAUGAAUAUUUAGUGGAUAGCACAGAAAAUCAAUUAGAAACUUCUUUUAUUAAUAUUGAUAAAAGUACAUCGGAACAACAAGUCAAUGAAGUCUAUACAAAUGAGGUAAUUUAAAAUUAUUCCAUAUGUUGAACAUAUUUAGAAAACAAACCUUUUAUUCUUAUUCUCUUGUAUGUUUGUUUGUUUGUUUGUUAGUUGAAUAUUACAGUGAUUGAAUAUUUGAAUAAUUUUAAAGUGAUUUGAAGAAGUUUUGAUUUGUUGAUCAUUUGAAAUUGUUGCUGAGUCAGUCAUUAAAAUACUGUGAAAUUUAUGUGAAUUACAAUUAUUAUUAUUAUACUCCACUUUACAUUCUUUUAAAUAUCUAACUAUAAAUUGUUUCAGUGAAUAAGUUAAACGCGUCAAGAGAUAGAUAAACAGAUUAUACUUUCCCAUAUUUAAUCAUCGUCGAACUUAACAAUGUGAUAGUGAAUAGAACAGUUCAAUGAAAAACACUCAAUUAAUUAAGGAAGUUACACCAUAAAAUGUAUAUGUGAAGUCAUUGUGAUUACUGAUUUGAAUGGUUUAUAUUGUUGCUUCAAAAUGUAAUCCAUAGAUAUAUAAUUGAUUAUAUUUAAUUUUGAUAGAAUAACAUAGUAGCUUAUCUUAAUCAAAGAUAAAUGGUAGCUAGCAAUGGGAUUUAGAAGGAACGUCUAGUCUUAGUUAGGACUCGUCAGUUGGAUGUACCUGCAUCCCAUAUGAAUCACUAUCCUAUUAUUUAAGUUCUAUGUUUUACUGUGUACUUUUUAUUUCAAUUCUACUAUGUUUUUCGUUUUAUGAGGUGUUAGAAUGUUAGGGAUAGUAGGAAACCCUGGCCUUAGCAUCCGUCAGGAAGUUAUAUAUGCAACUGAUGCUUUCUGUAGGGUUCGAACCAAACUUCCAACCGUUUAACAUCAUAGCAUAAUCUAUGCGAUAUCGAUUCACCUAAGACUUGAUUGUUGGGGUUUGAUCAGCACUAAAAGACUAGACAUAUGUGACAUUAGCUGGGUGGUAUAUCAGUGAUUAGUAAAUAAACACGCCUUUAUCUACAGUUUUCCUUUCUUCAUUACAUUGGGAUAGUGGUCUUAUUCUAUUGUAAUAAGUCGUAAGUAGCAGUUAUUCCACAGUCAUGUCUAACAGUUGUACUGACAGCGCUAUAAGUAUUUUUAUCAAAUCACAACGAUUUUUUUUUCAAAUUAUGAAUUUUCUUUUCCUUCUUAUUUUAGCAUUUAUUUGAACGUAAAUCAGUUGAAAAUCAUAAUCAUCAACAACAUCCUGUUAGUGUUUCAAUUUCUACAACUGAAAAAAACCCAUCAAUUUAUUCAUCCAUUUGUAAUUGGUUACUUCGAAUAUUCCCAUCCAUUAAUAGUCAGAAUUAUUUUAUUCUUCUAAUUAGUGGUUUCAUAUUCUUAGCUUAUUUAUCCUAUUAUAUUUUAGGUAGAUUAGUUGCAUGUAACAACUAUUUUCGUCGUCCACCUUCUACUGUUUCUUCAUUACGAUGUUUUUCUAAUUUAUUCAAUAAUAGUGAUGAUAAUAAUAAUGAUAAUGUUCAUGGUGCUACCACAUUCGGUAGAUGUCCAUUAGAAAGAGACAGAUUAUCAAAUAUCAUUGAUUAUACUAAUGGGGCACAACCUUAUUAAAUCUAUAAAGUCAAUUAUCAGUUAGUGCUUCUUUUAUUAAUCUGCGCCAAAUAGGUUUCCGUUUCUAGAUUUAUAAAUAUCAAAUGAGAAAUAUAUCAACGUACUUCAUUACUGUACAAGAAUUCAAUGAAUGUUUUGAAGAAGAUUAUCUUCAACGAACAAAUUUAAAAUAAACAUUUCAAUAAUGUCACUUUAUCAUUUUGUGUACGUUGUCUAUGCAUGUGUGUGUAUAAUGGCUUUCAUGGAUGGAUGUGGCCUUAAACACUGAUCAAUGUUCCCUUUUUUUAUUGAUCAAACUAGGAUUAAACCAUAGAUGAUCACCCACAGUUAGGCAAAACAUUUUCACUUCUUUUCUAGCCUUUUUUGUUGAAAGAAAAACGAUUUUUUCGUUCUUCCUCCAAUCUUUUUUGUAUUUCCAGUGCUAUGAUGCUAUAAAACACUAAUCUUAGGAUAUUUUGUUUGUAGAAAUUUCGCUAUUUAUUAAAAGUUUAGGAUAAUUUUGUACCUAAUUGUAAAUAUUAAAAAAUAAUGGUGGUAUUAGUAAUAACUGCUAGCACUACUAUUACUACGAAUCCCCUCCUUAAAAUUGUUAUUACUACCAUUAUAUAAUUAAAACUGCAUAUAUAAACCUUUAGUACCGUUGUCCAAAUUUAUAUUCACAACAACUAUCAGUUGUAAGUAACUUUGUGUCCAGUCUUUUUUCUUUUUAUUCUCGAUUUGGCAUUUGAAUUGUGCAAUGACAAGUUAUAUCUCUAUUAUUUAUAAUAUUUCUAUAAUAGAUAAUAUAAUGCAUACAUAUGAUUAUUUGAGGCAUGGAUAUAACUUUUCUUUCCUCAGUUUUGAUAUUGAUUUUUCUCUUUUUUUGUUUUUCUAUUAACAUGAUUAUUCAUUUAUCUAAUCAUAUAUGUGCAUGUGUAUACCUUAACUUUUCUCAUCAUUCGAAACAAAAAUUAUCAAAAGCUCUACUGUACUUUUGAACUAAGUUGAAUUUUUUGAAUGAGAUCAUGAACCGAUUGAUGUUAGACUACCUGGAAGCACUGGAUCGCCGUUUUGUCCUGUUGUGGGACUUCUCAGCAGUGCGCAACCACGAUCCCGCUCGAGGGAUUUGAAUCUAGGGCCUUCUAUCUCGCGCGCGAACGAUUAGUCUCUAGACCACUGAGCUGGCAUUCAACGGUGUUAAUGUCUAACCUCAACCACACAAGAUAAAGACUACAAUUUUUGGUUUAUCAGGACGUCUGUUUCUAAUGAUUAUAUGAUUCUCUGUGUAUCAUCUUCGAUUAUUUAUAAUGUUACAUUUAUGCGUGGCCAAUAAUUUGUCUCACUGUCGAUAUAGAAAGUAUAAUUACAUUGUUUCCACCAAACAUUUAGUCAUUAGCUUCGAUUGUUGUGAGAAAACCUGAUAAUGUCUUCGUCGUUAAUAUUACUGAAUGUACAUCUCUUACUAUCGAAUGUUGCAGUUAACUGAAUAAAAACUAAAAUACCUCGUUAAACAACUUUGAAAUAUAAUCAUUAAAAGUGAACCAUCUACACUUGGGUUACAGAAAUAACGAGUGCUCCAGGUACGACUUACUUUGACC